AUGUCGACUCCCAUCUUGCUUACGCUGCUCUUUGGUAUUGCGGCGGCGAACCUUGGUUCGUACCGUAAUUUCACCAAGACAUGCGAAAGUGUCUUCUCCUAUGGCGAAGAGCAUAGAAAUAUCAGCGCCGUCUGCAGUCGAGGUGCAGUCGUCUCACAUCUAGAUCUGAAUGCUUGCAUUGGAAACGUCCAGGGCCGGCUCGUUGUGAGUGUUCGGCUACUCGUGUCUGACAUCUAG